AAAGAAAAAGCAGGUGAAGCUGUGAAUUCUGCAAAAAGCUGGUUGUCAAGGCCGAUGUCAUCUGAUUGGACCUCAUCAUUGACGCAGUUAGAAUCGUUAUCCAGAGUUAUGUUUAGUCCAUUAGCAGCUCAUCCUGUAUAUAAGUCAGAAUCCAUGAUGAAAGCUCUCCAACUUAUGCAACAACAGCAGCAGCGUAACAGCAGUGAUCCUUCCUCGUCAUCUUCGUCAACUUCUGUAAUAUCGAGAGCGCUGAUAAUGAAACCAUCCAAAGAUUAUAUUUUACAAGGUAAAACUUAUAGUUGGCCUUCUAGUACAGUCCUAUUACAAGCCGAAAUACCCGAACAGCAACAUGGUCCCGCUGUGAGUCUUUUUCAAGGAUUUGCAUCCACUUAUCCUUCUCUUGCAAAAGGUUCAUUAAUACGAACAAAAAAAAGAAGAAGGAACAGAAAA